GAAUACAAUAAAAGUAAAUAAUAAAUACAUCAUUUUUAUUUAUUUAUUUACUAAAAACACUUUAUUUGCUGUUGCAAAUUCAGAACUUCCCAUCCUCUCUGCUCUUCUGCCCUCCGGUCCGGUUCCUGCAAUCUUCACUCAGAAACACCCACAGGCUUGAAAUGGGGAGCGAAGUGGAAAAUGAAGCUCCUGCUGACUCUCCUACUUCGGUUCUUGAAGAUGAGGAGAAAUGCAAGAUCAAAGAGGAAGUGAAAUUGGAGGAAGUGAUAUUUGUAGAAGCAAAAAAUGGGGACUCGUCUCUCAUAUCAAAAUCUAUGGCAGAGGAAGAAGAGGAACUAUUGAAUUCUCGGAUAAAAGAGGUGCAAGAAACAGUGCCGGAGGAGGCAGCUCGCUUGAAUGAGAGUCAGUAUACGAGAUUGGAUGACCUCUUAACUCAAACUCAGCUCUAUUCGGAGUUCUUGCUGGAACAGAUGGAUCAAAUCACAACUAAUGGAGUGGAGCAAGAGGAUGAACCUGCGAAGCGAAGUAGAGGUCGGGGAUCAAAAAGAAAAGCUGCUGCACUAUACAAUUCUAGGAAAGCCAAGAGAGCAGUUACUGCAAUGCUUACAAGGUCUAAGGAAGUUGAAAACGCUGAGGAUGCAAAUUUGACUGAAGAAGAAAGAGUUGAGAAAGAGCAGAGAGAACUUGUACCUUUGUUGACUGGUGGCAGGUUGAAGUCCUAUCAGAUUAAAGGAGUGAAAUGGUUGAUCUCUCUUUGGCAAAAUGGGCUUAAUGGGAUCCUUGCCGAUCAAAUGGGACUUGGAAAGACUAUCCAAACAAUUGGUUUCCUAGCACACUUAAUAGGGAAUGGCUUAAAUGGGCCUUAUUUGGUUAUUGCCCCUCUUUCCACUCUCUCAAAUUGGGUGAAUGAGAUUUCAAGGUUUGUUCCUUCUAUGGAUGCAAUUAUAUACCAUGGUAACAAGAAACAGAGGGAUGAGAUAAGGAGGAAGCACAUGCCCAGAUCAAUUGGCCCCAAAUUUCCAAUUAUUGUUACUUCCUAUGAGAUUGCAUUAUCUGACGCGAAAAAGCACUUGAGGCAUUACCCAUGGAAGUAUCUUGUGGUUGAUGAGGGGCACCGGCUGAAAAAUUCAAAAUGCAAAUUGCUGAAGGAGUUGAAAUACUUAUGUGUGGACAAUAAGCUCCUAUUAACUGGGACACCCCUGCAAAACAAUUUGGCUGAGCUUUGGUCAUUGCUGAAUUUCAUUUUGCCUGAUAUUUUCCAAUCUCAUGAAGAAUUUGAGUCGUGGUUUGAUCUGUCAGGAAAGUGCAGUAAUGAAGCAAUGAAGGAAGAAGUAGAAGAAAGGCGAAGGGCUCAGGUUGUAGUCAAACUCCAUGCAAUAUUGCGCCCAUUUCUCCUUCGGAGAUUGAAGACUGAUGUGGAGCAGAUGCUCCCCCGGAAAAAGGAGAUUAUUUUAUAUGCUACUCUGACCGAGCAUCAGAAGAAAUUCCAGGAUCAUUUAAUUAAUAAGACCCUGGAGGGCUAUUUGCGAGAGAAGAUGGAUACAGGACGUGGUAUGAAAGGAAGGCUUACCAAUUUGAUGGUUCAACUUCGAAAAAAUUGCUACCACCCCGACCUCUUAGAGUCUGCCUUUGAUGGAUCAUAUUUCUAUCCACCCGUGGAACAAAUAGUUGAGCAGUGCGGCAAAUUCCGAUUGCUGGACAAAUUGUUGAAUCGAUUGUUUGCACUCAAGCACAAAGUUCUGAUUUUCUCUCAGUGGACUAAAGUUUUGGACAUAAUGGAUUACUAUUUUAGUGAGAAAGGAUUUGAAGUUUGUAGAAUUGAUGGCAGUGUGAAUUUGGACGAAAGGAAGAGACAGAUUGAGGAAUUCAAUGAUGAGAACAGCCAGUAUAGGGUUUUUCUUCUCAGCACAAGAGCUGGUGGACUGGGUAUAAACCUCACUUCAGCUGAUACCUGUAUACUGUAUGACAGUGAUUGGAACCCUCAAAUGGAUCUGCAAGCCAUGGAUAGAUGUCAUCGAAUUGGGCAAACCAAGCCUGUUCAUGUUUACAGGCUUGCAACAGCUCAGUCAAUCGAGGGUCGUAUUUUGAAAAGGGCUUUUAGUAAGUUGAAGCUUGAGCACGUGGUCAUUGGGAAAGGGCAGUUUCAUCUAGAGCAAACCAAGUCUAAGGGCACGGAAGUCAUGGAGGAAGAGGAUAUACUGGCGCUACUUCGAGAUGAAGAAACUGCAGAAGACAAGUUGAUACAGACAGAUAUCAGUGAUGAAGAUUUAGAGAGGAUCUUGGAUCGGAGUGAUUUGGUUGUCGGCUCAUCAGAUGAUGACACAGAAAGUAUUGCUGCUACUGGUUCAUUUCCCCUGAAAGGGCCUGGUUGGGAGGUGGUAAUACCAAAUGCAAAUGGAGGCAUGCUCUCUACCCUUUACAGCUAGCGGUUUGCUUUGUAGGAUGCGGUGCAGACGUGCCCAUGAUAUCUGGACGUCUUGCUUUUUGUGGGGUGACUUGGAAUUUGCCCUUGUUAUCCUUGAGCAGCAUGUUGCUCUCGGAUGGGUCUCUCUUUCAUUUUGGGAACACUUGGAAAGGGGCUAUUUUUGUAAUGUCUCAUUAUCAGACAGAUGUAUCCUCCUAAUCUUCUGAUUCGAUUUCAGAAGCUCAAAACAAAUGACGCAUCUGUCCUCUAAUUAUGUCAUCAUCUUACUUUAUAUGAAUGGUGAUUAUGUAGGAUGUAACGUGAA